AUGGAGAAGACAGAGUGCUCCGAAGCAGAAAACUUUGGUUCUGUGACCACUAGCCUAGAGCCACAGGCUACUGCCAAGAGGAAAAAAGCCAAGAGCAAAAACCAGAGGAGGUUUAGCGAUGAGCAAAUCAGGUUGUUAGAGUCCAUUUUUGAAGCGGACUCAAAGCUCGAGCCAAGGAGGAAGGUGCAGGUUGCAAGAGAGCUUGGGCUGCAGCCUCGCCAGGUUGCCAUAUGGUUUCAGAACAGAAGAGCUAGAUGGAAGUCGAAGCAAAUAGAGCAAGACUUCAGAACACUCAGGGCUGAUUAUGACAACUUAGCAUCACGUUUUGAAUCUUUAAAGGAGGAGAAGCAGUCCUUGCUUAUGCAGAUGCAGAAGCUAAAUGAACUUGUGGGAAAACCUAGUCAAGGGUUGGAAGGAAACAUCAUGGUUGAUGGUUCGAGACUACAGGAGGAAUUGGAGCCGAGAGGAGUGAUACAGUCACACAAGAACAAUACAAGCAAUGAUGUUGGGUGCCAUGGAGACGAAAUACAUGAGCUUCUGAGCAUGGCUCAUGUGGAUGCCUCCUCUUUGUCACCUCAAGAUUGGCAUAGAUUUGAUCCAAGCAUCCUCAGGACCAUGAGCUUGUUGAAAUAUGGCAUCAAGCAUCAAAUUGAUCAAGAGUGUGAUGCAUUAUUGCAUGAAACAGCAAACAUACAACCAUCGGACAGUUUGGCCGAGUGGUCUAAGGCGCCAGAUUUAGGCUCUGGUCCGAAAGGGCGUGGCAGGCGAAAUCUUAACCAACAGGACAGUUUGGCCGAGUGGUCUAAGGCGCCAGAUUUAGGCUCUGGUCCGAAAGGGCGUGGGUUCAAAUCCCACAGCUGUCAACAGGCGAACACUUAA